AUGGACGAGGGCGGCUACUGGCGGCCGUCCUGCUCCACGCUCUCGCUGGCGGCGCCGGAGCACCAUGGCAGUAGUUCCCACCUGUGCGCGCGCCACGCCCCGCAGGCGCGCCUGCCGCCCGCGCACCGUCACCAGCCGCCGCCGCUGGCGCACCACCACGCGCAUGCGCACGCGCACUCGCACCACCUGCAGCACGCGCAGCACGCCGCCUGCCCCGUACACAGCCCCUUCCGCCAACCGACGCCUGAGUACUGCGCCGCUCAUUCACAGGUAUGA